AUGCCUCCUCGAAGGAGCCAUUGCAAGUCCCGGCUAGGAUGCCUCCAAUCCAAGGGAAGAAAGAUAAAGUUUGACGAAACGCCCCCGCCGUGCGGCAACUGCAAAAAGCACGAUAUGGAGUGCAAGUUUGCUGUUCCUCCUGGCCCUGCGGCUACAAAUGGCAGGCUCGCAGCGAGUCGGCCGGAUAUCCUCAAUGACACCCUAAAGCUUACCUCCCAUAUCUUUAUCUACAGCUUCAUCUCCAAUUUCCUCUACUACUGUUGA